CUCUUUGAACAAGCAAGACUCCAUUACCUAUAAUAUGUAUACAGAACUGCAGUACUCCCAAUAGUUAAUAUGCUGGGAUCGUUUACACGAAUUUCUUAAUUUAUUCAAUGACUGGUUAUCUUAAGACCAAUGUAUACAAUAUGAUGUUGUUUAUAACUCUUCGCGAUUCUUCCUAGAAAUCGUAAACAUGGAUCUUCACUCGACUACACAGAGAAUUUGAAAUCGUUUAAUGUUUUCAUCCCUAAAAGGCUAUUUAACAUGCUUCAAUAGCGAAUUUGUGGUGAGAAUAGUCACAACUAUGAAGGUAAAACAGACGAACACAUCACUAAUGUCUGUGUUGAUGUGGACUUUCACCUUCCUGUAUACAGCACGCACAGAAGAAAUCCUAAGAGCUAUGACUGAAAAGAUCCCGAGGACAGAAGUGUACACACUAGUAGGACAUCCAGCUCAACUACCGUGCGAUAUUACCACAGAAUUUUCCAAUGAUGAAGUGGCCCUUGUUCUUUGGUACAAUAACAAAUCUCCUUCCCCGCUUUACAGCCUCGAUGCCAGGCGGGGAAGUCUUCGUAAUAGCAGACAUUGGAGAAGUGAUGAGAUGGCAUCUAGGGCAUAUUUCAACAUUAAGGAUAUUCCAGCGUAUUUAGCACUCGAUCCAGUAACAGAGGACGAUGAAGGAGUCUUUACCUGUCGAGUUGACUUUUACAAAUCUAGAACACGAUAUCAGGAAGUAGGGGUGAAUCUAAUAGUUCUUCCAAGUAAACCAGUUAUUCGUGAUGAAACUGGUCAGGCUCAACAAAGUUUAAUUGGACCUUAUAACGAAGGUGACACUCUUUCUCUAUCCUGUGAGGUAUUUGGAGGAAAUCCUCAACCAAAUGUAACAUGGUGGAGAGAAUCUGUAUUGUUAGACAAUUCGAUGGAGAUUAAAACUUCUUCGACCGUGCGAAACAUUUUAAAGAUUCCAUCUUUACAACGUCAUGAUCUGAUGGCAGCUUUUAUCUGUGAAGCUUCCAAUAAUGAUCUUACUUCGCCUUUUUCAACUUCAGUUACAGUAGAUAUGAACUUUAGACCUCUUGAGGUUCAUCUAGUAGAGGAAGGACUCCAUCUCUCAGCAGGAAAACCCGCGGAAAUUGAAUGUUAUACAGCUGGUUCACGACCUCCUGCAACGAUAUCAUGGUGGAAAGGGAAUGUUCGGCUCAUGACUGCCAAGUCAGUGGUUUCUGUUAAUGGUAAUGCUACAACUAGUAUCUUAACAUUCACGCCCAGUUUGGAAGAUAAUGGUGUUUACCUUUCCUGUGCUGCUGAGAAUCGCCACUAUUAUUACCAACAACAACUUAUAUCAACCUAUUAUGUAGCUAAAUGCACAUAUGCUCCCCAAGUUUUUCUCCGUCUGGGAAGUAAGCUUCGUCAUAGUCACAUACAGGAAGGUAAUGACGUAUAUUUUGAGUGCAACAUUCGUUCUAAUCCAACUGCAACGUAUAUAGGUUGGACCUUUAAAGGGCAAGAAAUAUUUACCAAUACCACUUUAGGAAUCAUUGUAAGCAACCAGACUCUUGUUCUACAAAAGGUUCAAUUGACCAAUAGAGGACACUAUACCUGCAUUGCAACCAAUAGUGAAGGACGUGGGGAAAGCAACAGCGUCUUCCUUAGGGUACAGUACGCACCUAUCUGUGAACCAAACCAAGAAUAUAUUUAUAGAACAGGACUUGACGAACCAGUUCCAGUUACUUGUAAACUAAGAAGUGACCCUCCUGAUGUUUUAUAUAGUUGGUCGUUUAACAACAGUUAUGAUAAUUAUGAAGUAUUCACCUUUACUUCAAAAGGAACUACGAGUGUUGCAACGUAUACACCCAAGUCAAAAUAUGAAUUUGGAACUUUAGUCUGUAUUGGCACAAAUAGUGUGGGUAUGCAACAAAGUCCGUGCACAUUUGAGAUCAUACCAGCAGGAAUUCCUGAACCAGUUCGCAACUGUUCUUUUAUAAAUCAAACUGAUGACGGGAUAGGACUGGAAUGUAUAGAAGGCUACGAUGGAGGCCUGAAACAGCAGUUUUAUGUUGAGGUUCAAGAAGCUCUUAACGGCAGAUUGAUUUUAAAUAUUUCAUCACAAAGUCCUUGGUUUUCUAUAAAAAAUCUUCCAUCUGGAUCAAGUUUCACGUUUAAGAUAUAUUCGUUUAACACGCAAGGUAAAAGCGAGCCUGUAGUUUUCCAAGGAAAGACUUUACAAGCUCUGGGAAGCCGUGCUAAUCAAGGUACGAAAUGGACGAUUCCAAUCAACGCUAUCUUAACAGCACUAGUUUCAAUCCUUGCUGUGCUAAUAGUCAUUGCUGUGUGUGCAGUUUUUAUUUUAAAAAUAAGGCUUAUGAAAAAGAAAGAUGAAAGAGAAACACGAAACAACAAAAUGCAUUGUUCAAAUUGCGAGUGGAAAGGCUCUACGACUAUCGAAAGUGAUUCGAAAGAUUCCCUUGAAGAAAAAUGCCCUGAUGUAAUACCAGAUGUCAAGUAUUUGGAAGUUCCUUUUAGCAGCAUUGAAAAAAAUAGUGAGCCAACUAAAACUUCAAUUCAAGAAGUUACGAAGGACAGCUUUUCAGCAACGACAAUAAAUGGGCAGAGCAAAAAACCUUUCCAAAACUAUAUGCAAGAGACAGUGACUUAGAAUAAAUUCUCCAAGGGAAGUCUUGAAGGGACAUUCUAAGACAGAAAUUUUAAAUGUGUGAAGACAUUUGGAUCAGGAGUACCUAAUAAUUGGUGGAAGAAUUCAUGAAUUAUUGAUAGGACGUCAAAUCUUUCCCUUGAAAAAUGAUUUUAAGAUUAUGCUAAGUUUACAGUCUUAUAAAGUGUUUACCUGUAAAAUUAAGUUUACCUGUUUAAUUAAGCGAAUAUUAUUAUAUUAGGUGCAUGUCAUUAUGUGUGCCUUGAAAUUGCAACUGUAUAAAGGUGUAAAUGGAGCAUACAAUAUUCAAAUCCAAACAUUCUUUUUAUGGCAUACACGCUAUUUCUAAGACGGUUUACUUUAAUUAUUUUAGAUUUUUAUUCUCCAUCAAUAUCAUAUCAUAAAAUAUUUGUUGCAAGCAGUCUUGAGUUCUCUGUGUAAACACACCAAAACUUUUCUGAUGUCACUGUAGCUGUUAAGUUGUAGUUCGUAAGUCAUAACAAAUAUUCAUGAGAUAUUCGCAUAUCUUGAUAAUGUAAACACGAAUAGGAAUGAAGAAAUAAAGAAAGCAGACAAAGCCUUUUUAUUUAAAUUUUAAAGUGGGUAUUAGGUUAUGCUGUAUAACAAGAGUGACACUAUCAAUAUCUAAUUACUCGGAAAAUGUUCAUAAUAAUUAUAUAUAUAUAGGAUUCUUUGUUCUUGUCUUGGCAACCAUGUACG